CGUGUCAUUCGUUUGAUUAGUUCGUAAAUAUGAGGAUUUAGACACAGCUUAGAUGGUCAAUUCUAAUGGUUUAUAGAUCUAAACAAACACAGUACACGCUGAUCAAGAGCUUUACUCUCAAUGGCGUCAUAUACCUGGGCACUCUUGUCUUGUUGGAAACAUUUUAUCCAAACCAUCAUAUAUUUGGAUACUCAUACAUAGACUUGACAGGUUACCCACUCAGUCUAGUAUGUCUCGUAUUUAAUUCUAGAUUAUACGCAAAGAUAGCCCAAUUUGAACAAAAUACUACUGGAGGUAGUUUUGAUAAUAAUAAUAAUCUCAGCGUCAUUAUGUUGUAUGGUAAUAUGGCCCUUUUUGCCUUGCUAUUAAAGAUGAUACCAGUCGUCGGCUCAGUUCUAGCGUUCAUCAUUUAUUGUAUCGUCAUGUCUUAUUACUGUUUUGAAUACAAGUGGAUGAAGCAUGAUUGGUCUAUAGAAAAACGACUGACAUUUGCGGAAGAGCAUUGGAGUUAUUAUCUCGGAUUUGGAUUACCGGGCGCUAUUUUGACAUUUUUUCUGUCCACACUUAAAGCUAGUGCUGUGUUUGCUUUAAUUUAUCCAACUUAUAUCAUCAUGGCUUCUGCCGCCAGACCACAGCCUGUUCAGAAGAGCGCAACGGAUCGUAUUCCUAUCUUCUUUGGUGUUAGAAUAAUGAAUCAAUGGGUUACUAAUCUAUGGCUUCGAUAUUAUAGGCAGUCAAAAUCUUAUGUUUCAUUACCUCUAAACACAUUAGAUACAAUUAAAUUUUCAAAAAGAGAAUAAAACAAAUCUUACGCGCUUCUGGAACGUCUUCUAGCGUAAACAAGUCAUUAAUUUUAUAAGAGAAUGUUUAUAAACAUGAAUUGGAUGAGCAAUGACACUUUCUUUUUCCUCUUAAGUACAGAGACGUUACCUUAUAAUACAAAGUUUAUUUUUGGCAGCUCCAAACCAUCAUAAAUGGCAACAGCUGGACUUCAACAUCCUCAAGCUAGUCUUUUUUUUUUGAUACAGGGCUUUCAAGUUCCCCUUGUUGCCAAGGCAAUUUAAGUGAAACUAUGUAACACAAAAUGAUCGAAUCUAAAUUCUGUAAUCUAAAUAACAUUUGAUUUCGUCUUGAC